UUUACUUUGGUUGUCUCUUUUGGCAUGGUGCUUAUGUUAUGGGAAGAGGGAUUAUAAUUUGGUGCUGUUUGUAGAGGUGAUAACACUGAUAGAAUCCAAUCAUUGCUGGUCUCAGCACACCUGGAAAGUCCUGCCAAGUCCCAGCUACAGAAAGUGCAGAGACAAGUAAAACCCUUCAUGACCCUUGACUACCAAAUCGUCAACCAGACUCUUAAAAGAUCACAACCUCCAACGCCAAGCAGUGCGCCUCUGGCACAGCAUGGACACCCAUCUCCUGGGAGUGACGCUGGGCUUACUGGAAAUCCACUCACCAAGUUACUAACUCUUGAGAGAGAAGAUGACAAUGUGGAAUGGCAUAUGGAAGACGUUAUUGAGGAUAUAAUCGGUAUGGAAUCAAGUUUUAAAGAGGAAGGAACAGACUCUCCUCUGCUAAUGCAAAGAACAUUAUCUGGAAGUAUUUUGGAUGUGUAUAGUGGUGAGCAGGGAAUUUCUCCAGUUAACAUGGGCCUUACAAGUGCUUCCUGUCCAAGUAGUCUGCCAAUGAAAAGAGAAAUUACAGAAACAGAUACACGAGCUUUGGCAAAAGAGAGACAAAAAAAGGACAACCACAACCUCAUUGAAAGAAGAAGAAGGUAUAAUAUUAAUUACCGAAUCAAGGAGCUUGGCACUCUUAUUCCAAAGUCUAAUGAUCCUGAUACGCGUUGGAACAAAGGAACCAUUCUGAAAGCAUCAGUGGAGUACAUCAAGUGGCUACAAAAAGAACAACAGAGAGCUCGAGAAUUAGAACACAGACAGAAGAAAUUAGAGCAGGCUAACAGGCGGCUUCUACUCCGAAUUCAGGAACUAGAAAUACAGGCUCGUGCUCAUGGUCUGCCAGCCCUGGCUUCACUUGGCACAAUUGAUUUAGGUGCUCAUGUCACCAAACAACAGACCCAUCUUGAGCAGAAUUCAGUAGACUAUUGCCAACAACUGACUCUGUCUCAGGGGACCAGCCCUGAGCUCUGUGAUCAAGCGAUGGCCUUCUCUGAUCCUUUGUCACACUUCACUGAUUUAUCAUUUAGUGCCGCUUUGAAAGAGGAACAAAGAUUGAAUGACAUGCUCCUGGAUGACACAAUAUCUCCAUUUGGAACAGAUCCUCUGCUGUCUGCCACUUCCCCUGCAGUUUCCAAAGAAAGCAGUAGGAGAAGUAGCUUUAGCUCAGAUGAUGGCGAUGAGUUAUAAAAAACAAACAGGCUCGAUUCAUGGGAAGCAAUUCGAUGCGGGUGCUAUGCAAUUACAUUCUUUCCUAUAUCGCUUUGGCUUAAUUUUCCAAAAGGAAUAUCCUCUUUACGAGAAACAGAUUAUAAACUGACAGAAGAAUUUACAGGAAGAAGAAGCAUGGUGUUGAAGAAUUACUGAGAACUGAAAAGAGUUUUUUCCUCUUUGAUUAAGACGCCCAAACCUACUUAAAUUUUGUUUUCCUGGAAAGAGGUACAACAUAAGAAAUAGCUCUCUACUGAUGUUUUAAAAGUAGCAAUGUAGUGACGCAUCACUGGAACUAACACACGGCAGGGAGCAAACCUACUGAAAUCCACAAACCUCUUCUUACUCGCUUCCAACUCCUUCCUAGACUAGUCUAACCUUAGUUUUCAAGUAGCCAGCUCACCAAAUCUAGCAGUUCAUUGCCUUUCUCCACUGUCUGGUGGGACGUGUAGCUUUAAGUUCAAACUUGAUCGAGGAAAUAGUUAACAGACAGAUUAUCUGUCACUUUUAAUUGGAAAGUGAAUCUACAAUAAACAUUAGAAUAUUCCACAAUAAAAUACCAAAAAUUUAUGAAAACUUUGCUUUCUAAAAUUAGACCCUAAUUCCUUUAGUCAGUUCAAUUAGAGUAAUUCUAAGAGUAUAUUUGCAUAUUUAUGGAGACGUUCUAUGUUCAAAGAAGAAACACACUGAAUACGUUCAAGAACCUGAACUAAAAUGUUACCACUUCACACAAAUAUACAUUUACACACACAGGCACACAAUGUAGGUAGCAUAUGUCUUUUUUAUUUUCCUUCACUUUUGUGAUUUUCUAAUUAGCAUUAGAAAUCACAUUCCAAAUCCUGGCUUUUUCAACAAAAAGAGAUAUUGGAUAAUCAAUUUCAGUAAAUAAAAUACACACACACACACACACACACACACAUACACACACUCAACCUACUAGAACAACUCAGCUAUCUAAAAUUUAUCGCUGUCUCUAAAAAUGCAUGUAAAUUAAUUAAGUGAUGCAGUUAUGCUCCAUAUUGAAAAUACAGAAAAUUAGUUUGCCAGCUGACAAAAUCAUUUGUAAAACAAACUCUUUGUUAUUACAUUGAGCUCUGAGUAGAGGACAAAUCUCCACUCCCAUAAGUACUCAAAGCACCCCAUGACUUUGCUAGCUUUCUUAGCAUUUGUUAAAAAUGUUUAUACAUAUAAUGCUUUAUUAAAAAUUUUCUCCUUUGAGCUUGGGAUUGGGGGUUGACUUACCAAGGCUGUUGCUCUGUGCUAGGCCUCAGUGAGUGCUCAUCUGAUCUAUGAGUAUUUAUGGAGAGAUACUCAAACUGCAAUGGGUCCUGUGAUAAAGUAAAACAGAUGAGCAAGCUCUGAUCUUACUCCUCAAGGAGAAACAAGACUACACGAUAAACAACAACAAAAUAUAGAAGACACGUCAACUCAACUCUACAAAGUGCAGUAUAAGCUGUAAAUAAGUAUUCUCAUUUCUUCAUAUUCUGAGAAGACUUGCACUGAUGAUGUCAUUACUCUGUCAUUAUUUUCCAUCCUAUUAAAAUACUACUGUGCAGCCCUGAAACACUUUCCUCAUAAUCUUAUCUAAUGGAAGGGCUUGGCACAGGUGGUAAACCUGGACAAAGAGAUCUGGAAAGGCACUAGAUCAACCAUCUGGGUUUCUUGAAAAUACCUGAAGGAUUGAAUUUGGCUUCACUAUUGUUAAUGACACAGCCUGUAUAUGCUGCAUGGAAUGACGUCAUUUGCCCUUCCAGUGCCCUGCAUGGUGAUAAGUCUAAGAUGUCAACUUGAGUUAGUACUACACUGGAAAAUACAGAAUGUGGGUUAAUCAUCUGAAAGGAUACUUAACAGCCCCGAGACUCCACAACUGACAACUGCUCACUACACAGUCCAUGCUGAAAACAGUGAUCCAAUAUUUCCCUGUUAAUGAGAAUAAUUGUUACGUUCUUUAUUUUAGUCUCUUGCCAUCUGCUUUUCCAUGCUGUUAUGGUUUUGAUAUAUGGAAAAUAUUUAUCUAACUCUUGCAAAUUUGCUAACAGGCAUAAUUGUAAGUGAAAUCACUAAGAAACUCUGAAAAUCUUUUAAUAUACUAGAUAGUCCCCAGACAAUCUAGGAUAAAUAGAAUACUGUAUUUUAAUAUGUAAAACAUUUUAAAGCUGCUAAUUGGUAUUGACUAGACGUAUCCCUUGAUAAUGAAAUUAAUAAGGAUUUCAGUUAAAUGUUAAGACACUCUGAUAUUUAAUACCAUGUUUAUGAAUUUUCAUCUACAUACCUGCUUCAAAAAUAAUAAAACAGGGUAGCUCUGAGUUGACUAUAGAAAAUAACAUCUUAUAUUCAAAUACAGGUUAAUUUUAAAGUUAUAUUAUGUAAAUAUUUUUAAAACAUUGACCAAUGCCAAAAAUACUGAUCAAUAUAAUAAUUUUUGUGUGGAAGUAAAUAACCCAUCUAAUAUAGGUUUUAAAAGGUCAGGAUAAUUUUUUGGCCCUCUACAGACUGAAAAGUUGGAUGACUGAAUGGAUUUUAUACCUGACUGUUUAUUGUGUAUAUAAGUACAUGUGUGAUGUGCUUGCGUAUGGAUACAUGUGUGUUCACGUGGGGGCUUGUAACAAAGUUUUCUAAUGUCAGGAUAUCAGAAAUAACUCUACAUAUAAGAAUAUGUUAUUCUUAUGUUACUGUUUAUUGGAACCUACAUAUGGGCAACAUUGAAACUGUCCCCAAAUCUCUUAUAUUAGAAACACACACACUGACACACACACACACUCACACACACACACACACCCCUUGCUCUGAAUUGAGUCCAAAAAGCCAGAAAAGAUGAAGAUAGCUCCAACAGGUUUUACUAUUUCUGUUAAAAUAAGUGAUAUACGUAGGUAUCAACCAUUUAGACAUAAGCAUUGGGUUACUGACCACCAAUAUUAUUUAUCACUUGCAGAGUUCUAGCUAUGGGGUGGUUAAGUGGUAAAAUACAAUAAGGCUUAUUGGUUAAGUAGUGGAUACCCAUCAUGUAAAAUAUAUAUCAGUUUCAUUAAUUGGCAACCGGAAGACAAGAAUACAAUAUUCUAGAUGGUGAUGAUUUUGAUAGGACCGACCACAUUGCGGUUAAAUAUAUGAUUCGCGUAAUAAGAAAAAGGUGCCUGCAGGCUAUUGUUCCUAGCAUGGAUUAAAAUUUACAUAUUGCUUCUCCUUAUGUCAAAACAUCUGGUGCCUGCAAAUGCUAACAUUUCGUUAAAAAGUUUCACAAGGCAGGAAAAGUGGAUUGGAAACAUUGCAUGGGAAUCAUUCAAGCAUUAUAAUAGAAUAAGAGCUAUGUUCGGAAAAAAUUAAAUUGCUGCAAACAA